CCUCGCCUCCGCCCUCUCCGCCCUCAGCGCCACCGUCUCCGGCGAUCUACAGGAGUAGAUCGCCGCCGGACAGCCCCAGCCCUCGACCAUGUCGACAUUCGCCAAGCCCGAGAACGCUCUCAAGAGGGCGGAGGAGUUGAUAAAUGUUGGGCAAAAGCAGGCAGCGCUGCAGGCGCUGCAUGAUCUCAUUACAUCGAAAAGAUACAGGUCAUGGCAAAAACCUCUCGAGAAGAUCAUGAUGAAGUACGUAGAGCUGUGCGUAGAUCUCAGGAAGGGCAGAUUUGCCAAGGAUGGCCUUAUCCAGUACAGGAUUGUCUGCCAGCAAGUCAAUGUCUCCUCUUUGGAGGAGGUCAUAAAACACUUUAUGCAACUCUCCAACGAGAAAGCUGAGGAAGCAAAGGCUCAGGCGCAAGCCCUGGAAGAUGCUCUGGACGUCGAAGAUCUGGAAGCUGACAAGCGUCCAGAGGACUUGAUGCUCAGCUACGUUAGUGGGGAGAAAGGGAAGGACCGAUCUGACAGAGAGUUUGUCACUCCAUGGUUCAAGUUUCUGUGGGAGACGUACAGGACUGUGCUCGAGAUACUGAGGAAUAAUUCUAAGCUUGAAGGACUAUACGCUAUGACUGCACACAAGGCGUUUCAGUUUUGUAAGCAGUAUAAAAGAUCCACCGAGUUCCGUAGGUUGUGUGAGAUCAUCAGAAACCAUCUUGCAAAUUUGAACAAAUAUCGUGACCAGCGAGAUCGUCCUGAUCUGACUGCUCCUGAAAGCUGUAAGCUGUACCUUGACACUAGGGUCGAACAACUGAAAAUUGCUACAGAACUUUCUCUAUGGCAGGAAGCCUUCCGAUCUGUGGAGGAUAUCCAUGGUUUGAUGAGCUUGGUGAAGAGAACUCCAAAACCAUCGGUUCUGGUCAUAUAUUAUGCCAAACUAACUGAAAUAUUCUGGAUAUCCGAGAGUCAUUUGUAUCAUGCCUAUGCAUGGUUGAAGCUUUUCAACUUGCAGAAGAGCUACAACAAGAAUAUAACUCAGAAGGAUCUGCAAUUACUAGCAUCUUCUGUUUUGCUUGCUGCACUUUCUGUGACACCAUAUGACAAUAAAUAUGGUGCGUCUCAUCUUGAGCUUGAAAAUGAGAGAGAACGUGGCUUGCGUAUGGCCAACCUUGUCAAUUUCUCCCUUGACUCCAAGCGUGAGAACAGAGAAAUGGCUUCAAGAGCAUCUCUUCUCUCUGAGUUGGCUGCCAAAGGAGUGAUUUCCUGUGCUUCCCAAGAGGUGAAAGAUCUAUACAACCUUAUGGAGCAUGAGUUCCUUCCUCUUGAUCUCGCAUCAAAAGUACAGCCGCUACUUUCCAAGAUUUCUACGGUCGGAGGAAAGCUUUCAGCAGCCUCUUCGGUUCCAGAAAUUCAGUUAUCGAAGUACCAAUCUGCAUUGGAGAAGCUUACGGCACUGAGGGUGCUGCAGCAGGCAUCUCGGAUUUUCCAGUCCAUGAAAAUUGAUAUGCUCUCUAGAAUGAUCCCGUUCUUUGACUUCAAUGUUGUGGAGAAGAUCGCUGUUGAUGCUGUGAAGCACAAUUUUGUUGCUAUGAAAGUUAACCAUUUGUCUGGAGCCGUUCAUUUUGGCAACAUUGACAUAGAAUCUGAUGGUCUUAGUAGUCACCUUAGUGUCCUUGCUGAUUCCCUAAGCAAAGCGAGGACUCUUAUUCGUCCACCUGUGCAUAAGCCAUCAAAACUUGGUGAAAACUUGACUAACCUGGCUGGAGUGGUUGAGAAAGAACAUAGAAGGCUUCUUGCGAGGAAAUCUAUUAUUGAAAAACGCAAAGAAGAUCAUGAGCGCCAAAUAUUGGAGAAGGAGAAGGAAGAGGAGACAAAGAGAAUGAGUAUUCAGAAGAAAUCUGCAGAGGAAGAAAGAGAGAGGCUUUCAAAGGAACAAAGACUUAGGGAGAAACUGAGGAUAGAACGAGAAAUAGCGGAGAAGGAAAAACAAGAAGCACAAGCACAGUUAGCUCAACUUGAAAAUAGCAGGAAGAACAAAAAGAAACCCAUCUUUGAGGGGGAGCUGACAAAACAAGGCAUGGUGGAGCUGGCAGUGCAAAUGCAGAUUAAGGAGCGCCUGGAGAUGGAGAAGAGACUGCAGAAGGUUGCAAAAACAAUGGAUCACUUGGAGAGAGCAAAACGGCAGGAGGAAGCACCACUGAUUGAGGAAGCCUUCCAAAAACGCCUUGAGGAAGAGAAGAUCCUUCAUGAGCAAGAGCAGCUGAGAGAGAUUGAGCUUAGCAAGCAACAUCAUGCGGGUGACUUGCUGGAGAAAAAUAGGCUUUCUCGAUUGUUGGAGCAUAAGAAUGCUUUCCAGGAAAGGAUUGUACAACGCCGUGAAUCUGAGUUUAGUAGCCUAAGAAAAGAGAGGGAUGAAAGGGUCAAUCAGUUGAUAUCUUCAAGAAAGCGUGAAAGGGAAACUGUACGGAAAUUGAUGUAUUAUCUGAACCUUGAGGAACAGCGGAUCCAAAGGCAGCGUGAGGAAGAUGAGGCUAGAAAACGUGAAGAUGAAGAGAGGAGGAAGAAGGAGGAAGUUGAGAGGAAAACAAAGCUUGAUGCAAUCGCAGCUAAGCAGGCGCAGAGGGAAAGGGAGAUGGAAGAGAAGGCACAGAGGGAAAGAGAGGCUCUCUUGAGGGGAGCGGAGCCCGUGCGUGCACCUGAUCCUGCUCCUGCUGUUGCUCCGCCAGUUCGAGAACCAGCACUGGCAGCUCCAGCUGCAUCAGCUGCUGCUCCUAGCAGGUAUGUCCCGAAGUUCAAACGUAGUGGUGACAGCAGCAGCAGCAGCCAGAGGCCAGCAGCUGCACCUGAACAAGACCGGUGGGGCUCUCGUGAUGAUCGUCCUCGCCCAGAUUCUCGGCCUCUCCGCCAGGAUGCUCCUCCUGCCCGCCCUGAGGCUGCCCCUGCCCGCCCUUUUGCACGCCAAGAGGCCCCCCCUGCCCGCCAGCAGGAUGGUGCUCCUCCUGCUCCUUCAACUGACCGCUGGCGUCCUGGUGGAUCUAGGCCCUCUGCAAAUUCUUCAUCCACUCCCUCGUCUGCCCCGUGGAGGCGGAGCUGAGGCUACCUGCAAUGGAACGUGCUCUGCCAGCUGCGUUUUUUUUUGCCUCCUUCAAGUCCGGGAGCUUCUCAUACAAUGUCCGCCUCUGAUAUCUAUGAGCAUGGUUACUUGAAUUUGUUUCUGGUGCACCAAAUGCUCCUAAAUUUUCGAAGCAAAUACUUCUGUUAGACCUAUGUUUGUUCUUUUAAGUCACAGUACUACAUACAUAACGUGUUGCUAUUUGUUAUGGUGCUUGAAGCUUUGUUUGCUUGCAGCAAGGAAUGCAAUUUAUUGGGCUGCA